AUGGCUGGAGGUGCCACUGGUGCAGCACACAGCAACUACCCACACACAUUUUCAGCUGAGCUUAUCCGUCAUUGCGAGGAUGGAUGCAUUCCACCCGAGGUGUUCGCUGACGCACGUACGUUGCUCGACGAUGAACACCGUCGCCGCUAUGUCCGUAUCAAUCCGAGAUCCGAGGAACGGGUACUGGACGCUGGGGCGGAAGCCAUUCUGCGGCUGGACGCACACUCGACGGCAGCACGGAUGGGCACAAGCACGUUGCUGUCUCCUGAAGAACAGAGGAUGGGCGCCACGCUGCACGCCUCGAUGCGUGCAGGCCCCACAAAGGCACCCCCGACGGCCACCGAUGAGGCUGUCGCUUCACAGCGUCGAAACCGCAACGCUCGCGACGACGCUCCGCGCGCCGGUGUGUUACGCCUCGGCCUCGCUGCGCUCACUGGCCUGCCCUUGAAGUCCGUCGAGCCGGUGGCGUGGCUGCCCUGCGGUGUGUUUGCCCUCCCGUGGUCGUACGCCAUGGGCGGCAACCCUCUUUUUCUGGACGGGACGCUGCUUGCGAUGGAUGCGGCGUCGAUAGCGGCGGUGGUGGCUCUGCAUCCGCGCAAGGGGGAUCGUGUUCUGGACCUUUGCUGUGCUCCUGGCAUGAAACUGGGGCUUCUGGCGGAUGCAGUGACGAGGGGGCACGCCGGUGCCGCCGGCGUGCCCCUCUCCGUGGCGUCGCCGUCCCUAGACGACGGCCUCGUUGUUGGCGUGGAUGUGAAUCUCUCUCGCCUAUAUAUGACUCGAUCCACACUCAAAAAACAGCAGCAGCAGCAGCAGCAGCAGCUGGGCGGCACCGCUGACACGCAGUCAUCGCUUCCUGUGUGCUUGUUUGCCGGUGAUGGGUGCCACUUCUCCAUGGAAAGCGCGGCGGCAGCGCUCGAUCUGACCGGAUCGGCUGUGGAUGCUGGCACAGGACUGACGAAGGUAGAGAGGCGGCGGCUUCAGCGUCAGCACAACGCGACCACGACAACCGUAGGAUCGAAGCGAGGCCGUCUCGCUUCGGGGGCAGCUGCGUGUGUAGUCUCUCACGAGACGGAUUCGAGUCCGCCGCCAACCGUAGUCUAUGCCCCCGCCCACAUGCGCGCCAUUGUGGCUGCAUGGCUGCACGAAAAAGCCUGCGACUCGCAAGCGGCUGACGCAUUGACUACGUCACCGUCGCAACCGCAGCCGCAGCCGCUGCUUUUUGACCGCGUUCUUGUGGAUGCAGAAUGCUCGCACGACGGCUCUGUCGCCCACAUGCAACUCGGUGCGCCGCAUGCGAAUACCGCUGAUACAGUGCACAACUCCGCGCCUGGUGCGUGCUCGGCGUCCUCGGCCGUAUCGACCAUUCGGAAAGGCAGAGGCGUUGGUAACGAGUAUCGCAUGCAUCACAUGAACCUUGGCAUCGCGGAGGGUGAAGUGAGGUCGCAGACAGAGAAGGCGCCAUCAGCAUCUUCGCAGCCCCUUGCAAGCUCUCAUGCUGGGGGCGGCGAGCACAGCAAGCAAGACGCCCUCUCCCCUUCGGCCGCCUCUAUCUUUGCUCUCCAGUCGAAGCUGCUAGACAAUGGCUAUCGUCAGCUUCGGCCAGGUGGGACACUUGUGUAUGCGACCUGCUCCUACUCGUACGUGCAAAACGAGUAUGUUGUGCACCGAUUCCUGGAGCGCGCCAACGCGGUCAAUGAGAAGGUGGAUCAGGGCGACGUGCGCGGUCGUCCCACGGCCAAUGAAGUCCCGAGACGGCCUACAGCCGUUUUGGUGCCAGCCUUCUCGUACGCGCACGAGGCCGGCGGGAAGAGUGUGCCUGGGGUUGCCAGCGACGACGCCGUCGCUGCUUGCGUGCAGAUGGACAGCGAAGAGCAACGGCGUGACGUUCAGCGACUCCUGGAUGCACACGUCUUCGACUAUGGCACAGUGCAGAGAGGGCAGGACAGGUAUGCUUAUGUCGAAGGUGCCAACCACGGCGCCCCCUCUGCGGAUGAGCGCGCCACCUUGGGGAGUCGUUUCUGGCCCCGCCUCUUUCGGUCCAGCUUUCUCUACGUGGCAAAGAUAUGGAAGAGGCCACCAGACGUUACUGUAUCGGUUGAGGGCGGGAGUAGGGGUGUCGUCAGUGAGGAGUAA